AUGGGUUACGAAGACUCCGUGUACCUGGCCAAGUUGGCCGAGCAGGCCGAGCGUUAUGAGGAGAUGGUCGAGAACAUGAAGGCCGUUGCCUCUGCAGACCAGGAGCUCUCCGUCGAGGAGCGAAAUCUCCUUUCCGUUGCCUAUAAGAACGUCAUCGGUGCUCGCCGCGCCUCCUGGAGAAUCGUCACCUCGAUCGAGCAGAAGGAGGAGUCCAAGGGCAACGAGACCCAGGUUACUCUUAUCAAGGAGUACCGCCAAAAGAUCGAGGCCGAGUUGGCCAAGAUCUGCGAGGACAUCCUCGAGUGCCUUGACGGCCACCUGAUCCCCUCUGCUGAGAGCGGAGAGUCCAAGGUCUUCUACCACAAGAUGAAGGGCGACUACCACCGUUACCUCGCCGAGUUCGCUGUUGGUGACAAGCGCAAGACCUCUGCCGACAAGUCGCUCGAGGCCUACAAGGCCGCCACCGAUGUUGCUGCCUCCAACCUUGCUCCUACCCACCCCAUCCGUCUCGGUCUCGCAUUGAACUUCUCCGUUUUCUACUACGAGAUCCUCAACUCGCCCGACCAGGCUUGCCAACUCGCCAAGCAGGCUUUCGAUGACGCCAUUGCUGAGCUCGACACCCUGUCUGAGGAGAGCUACAAGGACUCUACCCUCAUCAUGCAGCUUCUCCGUGACAACUUGACUCUCUGGACAUCGUCCGAGGCCGAGCCCUCCGGUGAUGCACCCGCCGGUGAACCCGCCACCGAUGCCCCCAAGGCUGAGAGCAGCGAGGCUCCCGCCGACUCCAAGGCAUAA